UCUCUGUGGUAGGCCUAGUUUGGAUUGUAAGGAAUUGUCUGUCAGUCUUCGCAAGCACGUGGGUCAUACAAAUGUGAAGAGGCGUGAGAUUUAGGAUACAAUUAGUAGGCCUGUGGCUCAGAACAUGAGAAUUACCGAGAAUGACAGAGGUGCACUUGCCUCCAGCUUCCUCUCUUCCCGUAUCGUUUGACAGAACUUGUGAAUCAGGUGUUCUCUGUCGCAUUGUUUGCAUUCUUUGUUAUGUGCGCCGGUAGGUAACCACCCCACGGAACUUACAUAGCCUAGCUCUUCCGAAAACACAGAGCGCCAUGAAAUGAAGUGGCACAGUUUACUCAGAAAACGACUCAUCAGAAGGGGGAUUUUGAGCGACGCAACCAUGGUGACAGUAGUCCACUCCACCAGCGCUUUUACCUAACUAAUUAUUUGUCUAGAGGUGAGUUGCCCGUUUCAGGAACUUUAAAAGUUAAGAGCUUUAAAAACGUAGCUUGCUAUUUGGACAUUUGAAGAGGAUAAUCGUCGGCAUGCAGUGUCAGAUGUUCUUGCUUUAUUUAAGGUGCUGGUAGCAUACAGUGACCAACGCCAUGAGGUUCAACGGGUUCUUGAAAGUUCGAGUUGGGGAGGCGGUAGAUCUCAAACCGACAUCCUUCUCCAAACGGCAUUCUAUAAGACCAAGUGUGAAAUCAAAUUUGAUGGACCCUUACAUUGUGGCAAAGGUGGACGAUGUCAAAAUUGGACAGACUGUUACAAAGUCAAAAACGAACAGUCCAACAUACAAUGAAGUCCUGUGCGCGCAAAUUAGUGAUGCAAAGGUUCUGGAGCUCGCCGUGUUUCACGAUACUCCUAUUGGAUAUGACGAUUUUGUGGCCAACUGCACCUUUCAACUGGAGGAUAUGAUGGAUACAGCCAAUACGAGGCAGACCUUUGAGGGAUGGGUUGCUCUGGAGCCAGAGGGCAGAGUUUACGUCACCAUCUCCCUCACCGGCUCCUUCCUCGACGAUGCAGCGAUUAUAAACGGGUCGAGGGACCAUCAUAGGUUAAUAAGGAAGAAGGUCCUGAAGAGGAAGGUGCACCAAGUUAAUGGCCAUAAGUUCAUGGCUACAUACCUGAGGCAGCCUACCUUCUGCUUCCACUGCAAGAAUUUCAUAUGGGGUGUAUUUGGCAAGCAAGGUUACCAGUGUCAAGUGUGUACCUGUGUGGUCCACAAACGAUGUCACGACCAAGUGGUGACAAAAUGCCCUCGCAUGAAGAAAAAGGAAGACGAACAGGGUCCCAGUCAAGGUUUCAGCAUCAACAUCCCCCACAUUUUCAAGAAGCACAACUACAAGGUGCCCACCUACUGCAAUCACUGUGGUUCUCUGCUCUACGGUGUGGUCAAACAGGGCAUGCAAUGCCAGGGUUGCAAGAUGAACGUUCAUAUUCGUUGCCAGGAGAAUGUGGCUCCUAACUGCGGGGUGGACAGUGCUGAGUUAGCUCGCAAGCUGGCAGACCUCGGGGUGAAGCCUGGAAUCUCCCCUCUGUGUCAGAGAGGGUCAACUAUAAAGCCGGGACGUCCCUGCGAGGAGGAUCCGGUGGUUCCUAGGACCCGGAGUGUGGAGAGGGUCGGCCUGGACGACUUCACCUUCCUACAGGUGCUGGGCAAGGGCAGCUUUGGCAAGGUGAUGCUGGCGUGCAUGAACAGCACGGAGAGGGUGUACGCUGUGAAGAUGCUGAAGAAGGACGUGAUCCUGCAGGACGACGACGUUGAGGCCACCAUGAUCGAGAAGAGAGUGCUGGCCCUCGCCCACCAGCACCCCUACCUCACACAGCUGUACUACUGCUUUCAGACACCGGAUCGUCUGUUCUUUGUCAUGGAGUUUGUGAAUGGCGGUGACUUGAUGUUCCACAUCCAGAGGUCACGCCGCUUUGAUGAAGGUCGGGCGCGCUUCUAUGCCGCUGAGGUCAUCUGUGCUCUCACAUACCUGCAUUCGAAUGGCAUCAUCUACAGGGACCUGAAGCUGGACAACGUCCUGCUAGACAAAGAUGGCCACUGCAAACUGGCUGACUUUGGCAUGUGCAAGGAGGGGGUCUUCAGGGGGGACAUAACGUCCACUUUCUGCGGGACACCAGACUACAUCGCACCAGAGAUCAUCGAGGAGAAGCCGUAUGGUCACUCGGUGGACUGGUGGGCGCUUGGCGUGCUGCUGUACGAGAUGCUGUCUGGGCACGCUCCGUUCGAGGCCGAGACAGAGGACGAGCUGUUUGAGUGCAUCUGCCGCGACACGGUGGUCUACUCCUCCUGGCUGAGCAGCGAAGCCGAGGACAUCCUCAAAGGGCUUCUGAUGAAGGACCCCCAGUGUCGCCUAGGCUGUGUGGAGAGAGAGGGAGGAGAGGAGGCCAUCACGUCCCAUCCGUUCUUUUCCGGCCUCGACUGGAACGUCCUGAAGAAGCGAGAGCUCGAGCCUCCUUUCAAACCCAGAAUAAAAUCGCUGGAGGAUGUGAGUAAUUUUGACCCCGACUUCACCCAGGAGGAGCCCACGCUUACUCCCAUCGAGGACGCCCCGUUCACCUUUGGCAACCAGGAGUUUAAAGACUUUUCCUUCACAGCCCCCGAGCUGCUGCCCACAUAACAGAAUGCUGGACAAUGUACACUUUAGCAGUGUAUUUAAAUGGGCUUGAAUGCAGACACACAGAUACGCACGCGUGCACGCGCGCACGCGCACACACACACACACACACACACACACACACACACACACACACACACACAUACACACACAUAAGUGUAAAACAUUCAGUCAUACUCCUGCUCUGACAAGCCCAUCGCCUCAUAGUUAUUCCCACACAAUAAGGGUCUUAAAAAAAAAAAGGAAAAAAAAAGUAUGGUGUGGCCUGGCAGCUGCCAGCUAUUCUUGGAACUGUUUGACCGUCAAAGCCGGGAAUCAGAGCUUUGAGCAACAAAUAC